CAACGUUUGAUAACACAAUUCAGUUCUUCACAGACAGUCAGUCAGUGUUGGUUAUAUUAUUAAAUGUGCUUUGUUUUUUAUAUACCAAUUCACUAUUAAACAGUGUGUGUUAGAAAGAGAGAGACAACCAAUCAAGACUGGUGUUUUUUUUGUAUUUUUGUUUUGUUUUGUUACGUUUUUUAAAAAGUGAGAGUGUGUUAAAAUAUUAUGGCAAAAUGUUGUACGAAUUAGCAUUACCAUCUUCUACAUCAACUCAACAAAUCCAACAUCAUCAAAAUAAUUCGACAACGUCGAAUACUCGAAUAUCAUCUGUACAACAGAAAGAUUAUUCGCGACCAUUACAUGUGGAUUGUAGUGUUGAAUAUGAAUUACCCAGUCAAGUGAAACCACCCCCAUCUACAAAUGGGAAAAUUGAUCCACUAUUAAUGAUACAUCCAUGUUAUUUUCGAAAGAUUGAGGCACAGCGUCGUAGUCCAUUUAUUAAUAAUUUACCUGGACGAGGUGCUGCCUCAGUGGUUGCUUCAACCGCUUCAAGUACAUCCUCAACAUCAUCAAAUAGUCAAAAUUCCUCACGAAGUAAUCGAAUAUUAGUUCAACAAAAUACCAAUCUAUUACGUAAUACAGCAAACACCAAUACGAAUCUAAUGUAUUCUCAACAACAACAGCAAACAACGGUUCCUCAAUAUCAUCAUCAUCAUCCUCAUCAAAUUCAUCCACAAAAUAUAUCAACUAAUACAUCAAAUAGUCGACAACCACAAUGGAAUACCAAUUUAGAAUUACAUCAAUUUAAUAAACCCACGACGAUACCAUCUACCGUCGGUACUACCAAACAUUUAUCAAGUUGUGCCGGUGGUGCAGCGGUAUCGAAUAUUGUUACUGGAAUGUAUAAUAAUGCAUCCACAAUUGAUGGCGGUGGAUUAUGGAAUACAAAUCAUAGUCCAUUAGCCGCCGAACGGUUUCCUGAACCUCAAGUUACCUUAUUACAUCAAUUACAACAUCAACCGGAUCAACAAUCCACACAUCAUCAUACAACAGCUGGUGUUGGUUCUUCGUCAUCAUGUAAACAAAGUAAACAUGCUAUUUCGGGUAAAUAUCGACAGUAUCAUUUACCAACACAUCGAUUACAUCCAUAUAUGAGUGUUGCCGCAUUAGCAAUGGGCCCACAAAUUGCCCAAAUGCAGCAAAUAUCAUGUUAUAAUGUGUAAAACAGCAAAAAAAUUAAUUUAAAACAAAAAUAAAAA